AUGGCGGGGAAUAUUGACAGCAGGUCGUCAUCAUCGCCUCCACCAAAGUUCUCUCAAUCAAAUGUGCCUUUGUUAUCAGAUGUUGCAGUAGGCUAUGAUGAUGGCGAGAAGGCAGCUACGUCGCUUUUGAGUAUAGGGAUGGUAAAACGGUCUCACAAAUUCCAUGGAGCUCCAUUGCAAACAGAUGCUUUAAUGGAAGAGAUCCUUUCCCCACAUUCUGGAGACUUUAAUUCACCUACAACACCAACGCAAUGGCCAACUUCAGCAAAGGAGCCUUUACUACCAGGCGAGGAAGGUACCCAAAUAGACAAUGGGAACGUCGAAGUCAUUGAUCCUCCACCAAAGUCCAAGGCUCGUUAUAUCAGCGCAGAGUAUAGGCUUGCGUUGUCUCAUUUUAGGCGAAUAUUCUAUUAUACAAAUAGUGAUGACAAAUUACUCCUCCUUGCGGCAGGUGGUGCUUCAGUGUUCACUGGUAUAACAUUACCUCUCAUGAAUGUUGUUUUUGGUUCACUGGUAGGCGACUUCAGUGGGUUUUAUAACCCCAACUCGGAUGAAACAAAAGAGGUAUUCACCGAAGCUAUCAAUCAAAAUGUAAUCUACAUGCUCUACCUGUUCUUAGGGAGGCUCCUCCUCGAUUACGUCGCUGUUCUGGGAUUCCGGAUGGUGAGCAUUCGAAUAUCCGCAUCAAUCCGAAUAGCGUAUCUCAAUGCCCUUUUUCGUCAACCCAUUUCGGUGCUUGAUACCUUACCAUCAGGGCAAACAGCAUCCAUUAUAACCAUUACUGCUAAUAUACUCCAACUUGGUAUCUCCGAAAAGCUUUCCAUGUUUCUUCAAAGCGUCUCUUUGAUUUUCUCGGCUUUGAUAGUCGCAUUUUACUACAAUUGGUUGCUCACACUUGUAACCAGCACUGGCUUGGUCUUUAUCAUUGCAUUUUAUUCAUACACAAUUCCACGAUUGGUAAAGAUGCUGAAGCAGGUUGAGGAAGCUGACCAAGUGUCGUCCUCUAUUGCGAGUGAAGUUUUCAGUUCGAUUAGGAUGGUUGUGGCCUGUGAAGCUGAAGGGAAAAUGGCAAAGAGAUAUGCUGCAUGGGUACAAGAAUCUCGGCGGCGAGGUUUACUUAUGUCUCCCUUGGUAGCAAUUCAGCAAGCUCCUGUAUUUUUUGCAAUUCAUGCUACCUUUGCAAUGUCAUUUUGGUUCGCCAUUAAAUUGUACCUAGAAUCCGAAAUUGCUAGCGUGUCAACUAUAAUUAUCGUUUUAUCGUCUAUAAUGACUAUUGUAAUGUCUAUUGGGGGUAUAGCAGCACCCAUCACUGCUGCCGCACAAGCCGCCGGUGCUGCGGGUAUUCUUUUCAGUAUCAUUGAUGCUCCACAGCCAAAAACAGAUGGUGUCAAGGCACCGGAUGUUUCUUCCAGGGAAGAUAUCGUUCUUGAGAAUGUCAACUUUGCCUAUCCUCUGAGGCAUGACGUGAAAGUACUUGACAAUCUCAGUGUUCGAUUUCCAGCCGGAAAGCUGACAGCUAUUGUCGGAGCAUCUGGCUCAGGGAAAAGUACCAUCGUCGGGUUGAUCGAGAGGUGGUAUGAGCUUGAUGGAAACCUCACGGAUAAUGCCAUUACACUUUUCUUCCGAAAUGGUACAAUCACUGUCGGAGGCCGAAAAUUACAUGAGAUUGACCUGAAGUGGUGGAGGUCACAGAUAGGACUCGUUCAGCAAGAACCAUUUUUAUUCAAUACCACUAUUUACAGAAAUGUGGAAUAUGGUCUGAUAGGUACUAAAUGGGAAUAUGAAUCCCACGAAAAGAAGAGGAGAUUAGUGAGACGAGCUUGCAAGGAGGCAUUUGCGGAUGAAUUUAUUAAACGACUUCCAGAGGGAUAUGACACGAUAGUAGGCGACUCUGGGAUAAAACUCAGUGGGGGUCAACGACAGAGACUGGCAAUUGCAAGAAGUAUUGUUAAGCAGCCAAAGAUAUUGAUUCUUGAUGAAGCAACGAGCGCUAUCGAUGUCAGAAGUGAAAGAAUAGUUCAAGCUGCGCUGGACAAAGUCUCCAAGAACCGAACUACGAUCACAAUAGCGCAUCGUCUAUCUACCGUUAUUAAAGCUGACAAUAUCGUCGUUAUGAAGAAAGGUCAGGUAGUACAACAGGGAACUCACGAACAGCUGUUAAUGGAUUUAAAUGGUCCAUAUUGGGCACUUGCAAAUGCUCAACAGCUGGGAAAUGGCGAGCUUCCUAGAAAAGAAAUUGAUACUCCUAGCGACCCCGAGAAACGAAGAAUAGACUCACCAACAUUUGAAAGAAUCAGUCUUGAUGCGGCAGAAGAAUUAUCCAGCUUGGAAAUGGGGUUCCCUGUAGCGAAGCCAAAAACUCCCCUGGGAAGCUUUAUACUUUUUCUUUGGGAACAAAAGCCACGAUGGGUAUGGUAUACAAUAAUGUUUCUAAGCUCUUUGGGCGCCGGUGCUUCAUUCCCAUUACAUGCAUUUCUAUUUGCAAAACUCAUUUCGCUAUUCAAUUUAUGGGGACAAGCUCUCCAAGUCCAGACCAAUUAUUGGUGCUUCAUGUUUACGUUGUUGGCCAUCAGUGUGGGUCUCAGUUAUUAUGCCCUCGGAUGGUCUUCAAACACGGUCUCAUUCAAUAUCACAGCUACAUAUCGCCAAGAAUACUUUCAAAACGUGCUCUCAAAGCCUGUGUCAUACUAUGAUGAAGAGGAGAACUCCGUGGGCAGUUUGACAGCUAGAAUGGCGAGUGAUCCUACUCAACUUCAGCAGUUACUCGGAAUCAACAUGGCAAUCGUGCUCAUCUCUAUGUUUAACAUAUUUGGAUCUGUGGCAAUGUCCUUUUAUUUUGGAUGGAAACUCACUCUAUUGACAGUGGUGACGACGAUGCCCAUCAUUCUAGCCGCAGGAUUUUUCCGACUUCGAUACGAAACCCAAUUCGAGAAAAUGAACAACGAAGUAUUUGCCGAGAGCUCAAACUUCGCUACUGAAUCUAUUGGUGCGUUCCGGACAGUAUCAGCUCUUACUCUAGAAUCGGAGAUUUGCGGACGAUACGAGAAACUUUUGCGAAAUUAUACCAAGAAAGCUUUCCGGAAAGCUAGAUUCUCAACCUUUAUAUUCGCAAUGAGCGAUAGCAUCGCUAUACUAUGUAUGGCAUUUGUUCUCUGGUAUGGCGGCCAGCUUCUGGCGGACCAUGAGUAUACACCUUUUAAUUACCUAGUUGUAUACUUAGCCGUUGUACAAGGGAGUACCACCGCAGGCCAAUCUCUAAGUUUCGGACCAAAUGUGGCGCAAGCUUUUGCAGCAGCAGAUCGUAUCCAUGGCAUGAGACCUGGAGAUAAAAACGAUAAUGAGUCAGUGCUUUACGACUUUGCAGAUGCUCACGAUCCGGAGAAAAGCUCUCGCGGAGUCAAAAUUGAGCUCAAAAAUGUCUCUUUCAAGUACCCUACUCGUGAUGUUCCAGUGCUCAAUGGACUUGACAUAAUUAUUGAGAAGGGGCAAUUCGCAGCUAUUGUUGGACCAUCUGGAUGCGGCAAAACAAGUAUUAUAUCCCUACUCGAGCGAUUUUAUCAAAUCCAGAGUGGUCAAGUUCUCUACCAAGACACGAAUAUCAACGAUAUCUCUCUUGAAGAAUAUCGCAAGUUCAUUUCGUUGGUUGCGCAAGAGCCUUCCUUAUUUGAAGGUUCGAUCCGCGACAACAUUCUCCUGGGCGUCUCAGACGAAGAAGAGGUAUCAGACACCGUACUCCAUCAAAUCUGUCGCGAUGCAGAGAUCCAUGACUUCAUAUCCUCACUCCCCGAAGGUUACAACACUGCUGUGGGCGCUCAUGGAGUCGCACUAUCGGGUGGUCAAAAACAACGAAUUGCUAUUGCACGCGCUUUGAUUCGGAAUCCAAAAUUGUUGUUGUUAGAUGAAGCGACGUCUAAUUUAGAUUCUGAGACGGAGAGGAGUGUGCAAGCUGUAUUUGAAAGGACCGGAAGGGGAAGAACCAUGAUUGUUGUCGCGCAUAGAUUGGCGACUGUUCAAAAUGCAGAUGUCAUUUUUGUUCUAGGAGAAGGGGGAAAUGUGGUGGAAAGAGGAAGUCAUGGACGCUUGUUGGGAAUGAGAGGGUUGUAUUGGCAGAUGUGUCAAGCGCAAGCUUUAGAUCGAUAG